AUGGCCAUAACUUUCUUAAAGAUAUGUUACAUUUUAUUGUGUAAAUGCUGGAGUUUUACUGUUUUUACUUUUAACAGGAAUAAAACAGCAGAUUCUCUAGAGCCCAGCGUGUCUGUGGCGAGUGACCACUCCAGGAGGAAUCCUCCAAACUUCAGCAGUGAAGAAGAAAACUCUGAGUUAGGGACUAAAACAGAGGCAGCAGAUUUUCUAGAGCCCAGUGAUGUGUCUGUGGCGAGUGACCACUCCAGGAGGAAUCCUCCAAACUUCAGCAGUGAAGAAGAAAACUCUGAGUUAGGGACUGAAACAGAGGCAGCAGUUUCUCUAGAGCCCAGUGAUGUGUCUGUGGCGAGUGACCACUCCAGGAGGAAUCCUCCAAACUUUAGCGGUGAAGCAGCGACUUCUGAUACAACGACUAAAACAGAGGCAGCAGUGUCUCUAGAGCCCAGUGAUGUGUCUGUGGCGAGUGACCACUCCAGGAGGAAUCCUCCAAACUUCAGCAGUGAAGCAGCGACUUCUGAUCCAACGUCUGAAACAGAGGCAGCAGAUUCUCUAGAGCCCAGUGAUGUGUCUGUGGCGAGUGACCACUCCAGGAGGAAUCCUCCAAACUUCAGCAGUGAAGCAGUGACUUCUGAUCCAACCAUCCAGAAAAAGAAAAAAAAUAUUCCCACUAAAGAUCUCAACCAUGUGUUUAAGGAGCUGCAGAACAAAAUUUUCUCUCUGGUGAAGAGUGAGCUGAAUACAUUCAAGAGGUUCCUUAGUCCAGAUUGCCCAGAAUACUCUGAAAGAGAGAUGGAGUAUGAUUAUAGACAGGGGGUUCUGGGGAUCACACUACACAUCCUGAGGGACAUGGAGGAGACAGACCUUGCUAACACAUUACGAAGCAAAUUAGCCCCAGCUUGUCAUCAAAACUUUAAAUCCAAACUGAGGGAUAAAUGUAAGAGAAUUAAUGAAGGAAUCUCAGGCCAUGGACAUUCAGCACUUCUGAAUGAGAUCUACACAGAGCUCUACAUCACAGAGGAAGGGAGUGGAGAGGUCAAGCAAGAACAUGAGGUCAAACAGAUUGAAGCUGAAUCCAGAAAAAGGACAACACAGGAGACACCAAUCAAAUGCAGUGACAUCUUCAAACCAUUACCUGACCAAAAACAGCCCAUCAGAACUGUACUGACUAAAGGAGUUGCUGGAAUUGGAAAAACCGUCUCUGUGCAGAAGUUAAUUCUGAACUGGGCUGAAGAAAAAGAAAAUCAGGAUUUUUUGUUCAUAUUUCCACUCCCUUUUAGAGAAUUGAAUUUGAUGAAGGAAAAGAGGAUCAGUCUGGUGAAUCUGCUUCAGCGCUUCUUUCCAGAAACACAAGAUUUAAAACCAAGCCAUUAUAAAUGCUACAAAAUCAUGUUUAUCUUUGAUGGUCUGGAUGAGUGUCGACUGCCUUUAGACUUCCAGAAAAAUGAGAACUUGGUGGAUAUAGAAGAGCAAACCUCAGUGGAUGUUCUUUUGACAAACCUCAUCAAGGGGAAUCUGCUACCCUCUGCUCUGCUCUGGAUCACCUCUCGACCAGCAGCAAUGAGUCAGAUUCCUUCUGAAUAUGUUGACCUGUUAACAGAAGUGCGAGGUUUCAGUGACAAUCAGAAACAGGAGUACUUCAAGAAAAGGAUCAGUGAUCAGGUUAUGGCCAACAAAAUCAUUACACACAUCAAGUCUUCAAGAAGUCUUUACAUUAUGUGCCACAUACCAGUCUUCUGUUGGAUUGCAGCCACUGUUCUGGAGAGAAUGCUAAGUGAAACAGAGAGUGAAGAAACCCCCAAGACACUGACGCAGAUGUUUACACACUUCUUGAUCUUUCAGAUGAAAAACAUGAGCCAGAAGUACAGUGGGACAAGAGACCUCGAUCCUCAUCAGACAAGAAAAACUAUCUUAGCUCUGGGGAAACUUGCUUUCCAGCAGCUUGAAAAAGGAAACAUAAUCUUCUAUGAAGAAGACCUAAGACUGUGUGGCAUUGAUAUUAGAGAGGUAUCAGUGUACUCAGGAGUGUGCACCCAGAUCUUCAGAGAGGAGUAUGAGCUGCACAUGGGGAAGGUCUUCAGCUUUGUUCAUCUGAGCAUUCAGGAAUUCUUUGCUGCCUUAUACGUGUUUCUCAAAAGAAAAAAUCUGAACCAGCAAGCCAGUAAACUCCGCAGGCUUUUCAGCAGGCCAACUAUGUCUGACUUCCUUAACAGUGCAGUGGACAAGGCCUUACAGAGUGAGAGUGGACACCUGGACCUGUUCCUUUGUUUCCUUCUGGGUCUCUCGCUGGAGUCAAAUCAGAAUCUCCUACAAGAUGUACUCAGACCGAGAGAAAGGAGCUCUCACAGCAAUGAGAAAACUGUCAAAUACAUCAAGGAGAGGAUUAACACGAUUAGCUCUCCAGAGAAAUCCAUUAAUCUGUUCCACUGUUUGAAUGAACUGAAGGAUCACUCUCUAGUGCAGGAAGUGCAGAAGUACCUGAGUGGAGGUGCUGAUCAUUGUCUCUAUCGGGCCAGACUCUCUCAUGGUCAGUGGUCAGCUCUGGUGUUUGUGUUGCUGAACUCAGAAGAAGACCUGGAUGAGUUUUACCUCAGUAAAUAUGACCCAUCAGAGGAGUGUCUUCUGAGACUAUUGCCAGUAGUGAAAGCAUCCAAAAAAGCUGUACUCGCUUCUUGUAAUCUUGGAGAAAAGACUUGUGAAAAUCUGGGAUCCGUUUUUAACUUGGAAAACUGCUCCCUGAAGGAGCUGGACCUGAGUAACAAUGACCUGCAGGAUUCCGGAGUGGAGCUUCUCUGUGCUGGACUGAAGAGUUCACACUGUAAACUGCAGAUACUCAGAUUCACUUCUUGUAAUCUUGGAGUAAAGACAUGUAAAAACCUGGGGUCAGUUUUAAACCAGGAAAACUGCUCCCUAAUAGAGCUGGACCUGAGUAACAAUGACCUUCAGGAUUCUGGAGUGGAGCUGCUCUCUGCUGGACUGAAGUCACACUGUAAACUACAGAAGCUCAGAUUAGCUUCAUGUAACCUUGGAGAAAAGACUUGUGAAAAUCUGGGAUCAGUUUUAAACCAGGAAAACUGCUCCCUGAUGGAGCUGGACCUGAGUAACAAUGACCUUCAGGAUUCUGGAGUGGAGCUUCUCUGUGCUGGACUGAAGAGUUCACACUGUAAACUGCAGAUACUCAGAUUAUCUGGUAACAUGGUCACAGAAAAAGGCUGUUUUUCUUUGGCUUCAGCUCUGAAUUCAAACACAUCCCUAAAAGAUCUGGACCUGAGUUACAACCAUCCAGGAGAGUCUGGAGAGGAACUGCUCUCAGUUAAACAGAAGGACCCAUGCUGCAAACUGGAGACACUCAGAUUGGAACAUGGAGGGAAGAUUCGAAUGAAACCGGGAGUGAAGAAAUGGGCCUGUGAUCUCACUCUGGACCCAAACACGUCACACACACGCCUUGCUCUGAGUGAGGGGAACAGAAAGGUGGUGUGUGUGACAGAGGAGCAGUCGUAUCCUGAUCAUCCAGAGAGAUUCAGCGUGUGCUGGCAGGUGAUGAGUAAAGAGAGUCUGACUGGACGGUGUUACUGGGAAGCUGACUGUAGCUGGAAAGUAGCUAAUGUAGCUCUUACUUAUAAAACCAUUAGCAGGAAAGACGGGGGUCCAGACUGUGGGUUUGGACGGAAUGAAAACUCCUGGAGUCUGAUUUGCACUGAUUACAGAUACUCUGUUCAGCACAAUAACAACAGCAUUGAUCUCUCUCAUUCUCCCUCUAACAGUAGAAGAACAGGAGUGUAUGUGGACUAUCCAGCCGGUACUCUGUCCUUCUACAGUGUCUGCCCUGACACAGACACAAUUACACACUUACACACAUUCAACACCACAUUUACCAAACCCCUAUAUGCAGGGUUUUGGUUACCUUCAGCUGAAUCCUCAGUGUGUGUGUGCAAGAUAGAAUAACCCCACCAGACCUACUCCCCAGUCUUGAACAUGAUCCAGUUACGAUCAGUUACUAACACUGUGGUCUGCUGGUGAUGUCAGAAUGACCCAGACAGGGAGACAAGGGAGGGGGGAUGCAAGUGCAGGUAAGAGCGAUAUUUAUUAAAUAUAUAAAUAAACAAAUAAACAGAGAACAAGGAAACAAACCAAAACAAAUGAGGGAGAAGAACAUAAACCUAAACAAACAAGAGGUACUAAUGAUAUAAACAAACAAGGAGGUUAACAAACAAAGAACUAAACAGAGCUAAGAACAUAGGAGCAAGGAAUAAACAAGAAACUAGAAACUACCAAGGAUAACCGAGAAAUAAACAAAACUAAACAGGGCAGGGAUAUAUACAAGGAGCUAAACACUAAGCAGGGAACUAAGGAGCAAGGAAAUAAACAAGAAACAAACAAGAAGAUAAACACAGAACUAGGAGAGGCAAGGAACUAGAGCUAAAGAUACAAGAAAACGCUGGGAGACAAAACAACAUGUUGAGGUGCAAAGACAGACGAAGACAAAGUGGCACAGGGGAUCUAUUUAUACAAACAGGAAACACACUAGAAGUGGAAACACCUGUGGCUAAGGGGUGGAGCUACAAAUGAGACACGUGGUGAAAAACUACUGACAAGAGACACAGAGGAGCACAGGUCAUGUGGGACAAACACAGGCACCAGGACAGACAGGAAACAGGGCCAGGACAUGACAGGUGAGGUGGUCUGUCAUCCAGGUCACAAGAUGAGGGUCAACAUGUAUAUUCUCCAGCUUGUCUCAAAGCCAGAGGGGCUGGAUAGUGUUAAAGAACUGGAGAAAAAAACCCUAAAACCACAGGGGAGAGUGUGUUCCACUAAUGUCUUUACAUAAAAAUGUAGGGCAACAUUACUUCACAUUUUAAACGUUAAUUACUUAAUGAUAAGCCUGCAAAAAUGUUGCAUUAUAUUUUAAGUAAAACUAGCUCAUCACAGUUGGCAUUUUAUUUACUAAAAAUCUUAAACGGACAUGACCUAGAGCAUUGGCUCAUGCAGUAAAGCCUUUAUUUUCACAGCCAUUAAAAUGUUGAUUUAUUUAUCAAUUAUUUUAUCUGUACAUUGAAUGUUCAAGAUUUUAUAAAUAGUGUUGAGGGGGGGGGGGGCUUAAUGUGCUGUUAAUUGUGUAAAUAUAUUCUGCACAGUUGUGUAUUGUCAACCAAAUUUCCCCCUGUGGGGGACAAUAAAGUGCAAUAAAGUAAAGAGUAUUGGUAUACACACUGGGGAAACACCCUGUA